AUGAAUUCUACCGCUUUCAAUCAAACGGACAGUGCAGGACUUUUCAAUAAGACUGAAGAUAUAUUUUGUUGUAACUUUUCAUCGGUGGUGACUGAUAAUGGCUUCGUGGCGGCGACUCCGGAUGAGAGAAGUCUAUUUCUCAUGAGAGUUGUCCAGAUAGCAGUUAUGUGCGUGUUAUCGCUCACGGUGGUUUUCGGUAUAUUCUUUUUGGGCUGCAAUCUUCUCAUCAAGUCAGAGGGAAUGAUCAACUUUUUGGUGACGGACAGAAGACCAUCCAAAGAGGUAGAAGCAGUCAUUGUUGGUGCAUAUUAG